AUGGCCAAAUCAGCCUGCAUUAAGGUACAGCCACCUCUUACAAUGAAGACCGAAAAGUCUGACUCUUCUGCUAUCCAUCCUCCACCAGACAUCUCUGUAGAGGUGGCAAGUGAAGUUGAUAACUCUAUUCAUAAAGUUUAUAACAAGUACAAUGGAUCUAACCCUGAUGCAGCCACUCGUGCUAUUGACUAUGUACAAAGACAGCUGCACUGCUGUGGAAUAAGUGAUUACAAAGACUGGGAGAACACACUUUGGUAUAAAGAAACAAAAAAUAAUAGUGUUCCUCUCAGUUGCUGUAAAGCAGAUGUUAUCAACUGUACAGGCACCAUGAACCGUCCAUCAGACCUGUAUGCAGAGGGGUGCCAGGUUCUUGUGGUAAGCAAGCUGCAGGAAAUCAUGAUGUAUGUCAUCUGGGCUGCACUGGCCUUUGCUGUGAUUCAGUUGUUGGGCAUGCUGUGUGCGUGUGUAGUGCUCUGCAGAAGAAGUAGAGACCCAGCCUAUGAACUGCUCAUCACUGGGGGAACGUAUGCAUAGAAGAGGAUUAUGCAAGUGGAGCUUGGAAUUCAGUUUUCCUUCUUACUGGCAAGCAGAAACAGCAUUUGCUUGCCUGUAGUUUCUCUGUCUCUCUCUAGACUUAAGCUGAAGCACACCUUGCACAAACUGGGUCAGUGGCAUUGUUCACUGCUAAUGAACAAAGCCACGUUUAUUCAUAGCCACCUAAGAGCUGGAAUGGCAACAGAUGUGUAUAAUUAUCUGGUAUGCAGAUAUAUGUAGUCUGCUUCAGGUUUUGAGUUACACUUCAUCCCCACCCCCAACCAGUGUCACUGAUUAGUACCUUGAACUUUUGUUAUUAGAUGUUAUAUUUGUUUGUAUUUCAGAAAUAAAAUGGGAAAUUCCAGCAGGAAGUCCAGCUGACUAGAAUGUUAAAGAUGCAGAACUUGAACUUGUAGAAUAUUUAAUAAAAUCGGCUGGUAAUGCAGAAUUCUCUUGUAAUGCAGGUGCAGUGAAUCCCUUCACUUAAGUGGAAAAGCAGUGGAGCAGUUAGUGAAGUUGUGAUAAAAUUGCCUUCAGGUUUGCUUGUUGUACUGCUUUUUGUCAAUGCAAGCUUUAAUUUGUUCUGUAACACCAGCUCAAGAUUCACCUCCCCACCUCUACUUGCUAUUUCUCCUGUUAAUACUGUAGGCAUUGGCUGUUACUAACGGUACUGAAGUAGUGGUUUUUUUUAGUGAGAUUGAGGAAUGUCUUUUAUGCUGGAAGAUCACUGAUAGUGUAGCUUCUAAAAAGAGUAAAAAUGAAUUAUCCACAGGAAAACUUGCCUUUCAGAAAUCUGUUUUAUUUCUUGGGCUUGCUGCUAUUACUUGUCAGCAGGCACAUGGUAUCAAAUGUACAUACAAGUUAGUAUGUAAAGGCAUACAUGCUGAUGCUUAAUUUGUUACAGCUGUGCUAUGUGGCUGUAAACUGCUGUUCAUAUCAAGUACUGCACAUGCAUCACCAAAUAGAAUAGCAUGCGUGGUAGAAGUUUUUAAGACUCUGCACUGCCCAAUCUGUGGAACAGUGUGGCAACAGAAGUGGCAGCUUAAAUUUAUUUACAUUUAAAAAAAAAAAUAUUUGCUGUGUGGUGAUAUUAUGUAAUAGUAAUACAUCACACCAUGAAUGUUGGUAAGUUACAUAUUCGUUUACCAGCAGUAGGGGCCUCUAGUCUGUCCACUUUGACUUAGACCUCAUGACUAAACAGUAACCAUAAAUACAUUGCUGCGAUUACUAUAUAGAUAACUGACUAAUACAGAGAACAGUGUCACAUCUUGGGGCAUGGCUGUCUAGCCAUUGUGUGUUGAGCUGCAUGACGCUUUUGAAGUAGUUUGUUGUAGAUCCACAAGAGGUUGUCAUUUGUUUUGAACAUAUCUUUCAAACUUGAAGUAGAUGAGUAACUUGUCUUCAUCAAGCCACCUUUUUAUAACUGAAGAAAAUGUUUCAUCACAGCUGUAAUGUAAUGGCUGUUUUAAAAAUGAACACCUGUAGGCUUCAUGAUUGUUGAUGCCUUGCUCAAAAAUUUAGUUUUGCCUCAUGUCUUUCUUAGAAAUUGAGAUAAACUUCCUGACUUCCAGUAAUUUGAAUGCCUAUGUGACUCUAGGAUGAAGUUCCAGGCAGGGUGGGCAAAGUAAGUAGACAGUGUAAAAAAAAAAAUAAUUAAAAAUCUUGGUUCGGAGACUGGGAUACAAAAUAAAUUAAUGUAUAGAGCAAAAAAAAAAAAAGGGAGAGUUAAGUAAUGUGGCUGUGGCAGAGCUAAGCUGAUGUGUCCCUUUUGGAAAAUUACAGUAACUUUGAGUACUCUGUGAAACCUUUAACUGGGACUCUUGCACAUGUGUACGUGCUGAAAGUUGCUGAACCAUUGUAACACUACACAUUCUUGCAUUUCCUGUGUACCUCCUUGAUGCAUUGUGCAGUGAUUUUUCUGUCUUGCUGUACUGUUUCCCCCCAUACUUUUGUCAAUGUAUUUAUUUUUUUCCUGUGGUCAUUAAAGGUGUAAUUUUAUUUUUUCCAAGGUUAUUAAAGAUGUACACACUUGAAUUUUUGUGUGGUAGCCUGAAAUACCCAUUAGUUAAAUUGAGUUCUACAUUUUCUCCAUUGAUGUGUUCUUGAUGUCAUUGAUUGCUGGAAGGAGCCAGAGGACAUGUGCAUCUCUUUGCCUUAACUCUGUUAAUAGUGCAAUUUGAGGUACUGUUUGGUAAUUAGAAUCCUAGUCAAGGGUGCCACGGCAUUGAUGAGGUUGUGAUCUUCAAAUCCAUGUGUGUCUUUGUUUUGCUGACUAGGUAUAGAGGAGAAACAAAAGGACCAGUUAAAAUUGAGCUGCCAUGUUGGUAACACUUGGUGUGUCCAUUGCUGCAUAGAAAUGUAAAUAUCAAACAGUUUCAGGAAAUCUCAAUGACAACUUAAAAUAUUGGUAGAACUCUCAAAGUAGUUUUUAUAAAAUUAAAAAUUUUCCUUUCACAUAUAUUAGCAUAGUGUGCAGAUCUCCUUGUCGAUGCUUUGUGAUUUGUGUUAUGAGGAUAUUCAUGUAGUGAUUCCAUGAUGCUGUGGAGUUAUGGAAGAUUACAAUAUGCCUCAUUAUAAAAAGUAGAUAUAUAGGGGCAUUAGGAAGUGAUGUAAAGGAAGAAUGCAAGUUGUGGAGAUCCAUGGCAGAGCAGCACUUGCGAAUGGGCAGAACACUGCACAUUUUAAAGGACAACUUCACCACUAGUGUUCACUUCAUCCCAGAAUUCUGUUUUCUCCCUUUUAUUACCCCCCCCCCCCCCGAGGUGUAGUUAGUGCUCAGAAGACCCAUGUUACUUACCUUUUUUUCUGCCAUUGAUCUUGGAGCUUCCGCCAUCUUUUUCUCCAUGUGUUUCAGAGAGGAAUUUGUCAGCAUACUUAUGUGGUUUUCAGUGGUCUUGCACAAGUCGAAGUGCUUACAAACUACACACAGCAACUCAAGUGAUGCCCUAGGAGAAAUUUGUAUAAAAGUGCAGUUAACAUUUUACCGGAACAGUGCAGAAAGACUGGUAGGUAUUCUCACUUUUGACCAUUGGAGUGCUGCUGUUACCCAUGUACUUAUUCCUGGCUUGGAAUAGUUGAAGCUGUAUGAUUCUGCUUUUCCAUAUCUGUGAUGUCUCGUCAUUUGUCAGUCACAGGUAACUGAGCAAAGCUGCUGUUCUUGACAUCUGAUUAAAACAGUAAGUUUUGGUACCAUGGAAUACAUAAAACUUGCAGUUCAUCUGUUUAUAUGGAGUUAAGCUUUAAGUGCAUCAUGAUAGUUUUUAGCAGCUUGCAGUUGACAUAGACCAGAGUAGCUCAGUAAAAAGAAAAAACAAGGUAGUGUUUUCAGUGACUCACUGAGAAGUCAGAGAGUCGGCAGCACUGUCCUUGCAUGAGUGCAGCAAUAGCUGAUUUUUGUAGUCUUGGCUGUAUCAUAAGAAUACAUUAAGGGGCAGAGACUGAAGAACAAAGUCACAUGAGUAUAACAAUCCCCUUCAAGCCAUUGUGGGUACUGUAGAUUGUAAAGUGAAUAAGGUACAUGAAUGGUUUGCAAAGAUUCUAGGCAGAAUUUUCCUUCAAGGAAUUUUACAUUGUGUUACUUGUAUUCAGAGUGUACUUAAUGUUGAAAAAUGUUUGUCUUGGAUUUGUGUAAGUUGCUUUGAAAUAUGAUUGUUCUAGUCAUAGGUAGUCUCCUUCCAGCUGCCAACCCUGAUCACUUUGCCUACUUUUGUUACAUGCCAAACUUUUCAACUUUAAAGUGAAUAGCACUGGCCUUCAGAAAGCACAGUUUGCAAAAUGUAAGCUUAAAUGUAGUUGGAAUGUGAAACGGCCUCAGGUGUUUGAUUUCAGGUAAUAAGUUUUGUUUACCUACUGUUUUCUUUGUCAGUCCCAUAAUUGCCCACAAGUUUUAGUGUAGUUACUUAUGUAAGAGUACAGUAAGCAGUACACUGAUUAUAUGUCAUGUGGUAAAGCAUUGUUCCUAGGUACCUUGGGGAUUCUUGAGAAGUAGUUUGAGACUUUUAUCUUUUUUCGUGGUAAACAUUAGGUGAAGGAAGACUUGUCGUGGAGCUAGUUGAGUUGUCAGCUUAUGGAGACACUGCUUAUUUAGAUGUUUCACAGUUUCCCCAAUUUUUGUGCACCUCUUUCCAGUUGUUGUAACUUAUACAGUGGCUGCAUUUGAUUUGGUAACUUCCCAAGCUGUGGUUUGCUGAUUGUUUUUUCUGACUGCUGAUGUCCUUGUCUGCUGCUUUGUUCUGUUAAGGUCUAAUGCAUGCAUGACUCUAAGGCAACAAGCUGAAAAUUCACCAUUCCCUCAUCAUCUUAAGGCUGUCCUUUGCUUCUUCAUUGGUCACUUUCCAAAAGCCAGUGUUGCUUGCAUUGUGACAUUUUACCUUGGAUGUAUUUUGAUGAUUGUACCAUUUUUGAUGCUGAGUUGCAUGGUGUCUUAUGAUUCUUAUGAUGGCUUAUGUUGUUAAGCUAGUUGCAGCAGGGAAGCAGCAAAGUUUGAAUGUUUAACUCAUGCCUUUUCUUCAGAAAUUCAUUCUGGUAUGGUGAGUGGGUAUAGUGAUUUUUGUCAGAGUUGAAUUGUAACAGAUGUUAGUCUUGUUAUGCUGCUAUUGGGGGAGAGCCAAACUGUAUCUGAAGUAUAAAGACUGUUGCAGGGGAAGUGCAAAGGUAUUCACGGGAAUUUUAUUUCUUUUUUCUUGCCAUCCUUUGGUAUAUUAUGUAGGUAAAGUUAGUACUAAGUUUUAGGUAAUACUGCAUCAUUAUUAUAAUCAAACUGUGUGUGAGACUGUAGAGCAUAGACCACGUAAAAGCUGUCAAUACUCCAAAAAAAAUGCGAAUGGUAAUGUUAAAGGAGAGCUGACUUUCCAGAAACUGUUGUAUGCACUACUUUAUCCUUAUUGAACUGUGUGUCACAUUUAUUUAGAUCUUUUCUUCACCCGUUUUAAGUGUUUUAAGUAAGAAUUUGAAUGAAGAUUUAUAUUUCUUAUUUUUGUUUGCUGGGGAUUAAAAGGUAUCCAUAAUGAACAGCAUAGUAAUAUGCGAAAAUUGAUUUUGUAAAUAGUAAUUCUGUUUAAAUAAAAAAUUUAAUCUGUA